AUGCCUUUCGUGCCCACGUUCGGCGCAAAACUUCACGAGUUGGUGUCCUCCGGGCACGACUGCAUCGGCUGGAGCGAGGACGGUACGCACGUAUGGGUCACCAACCCCGAGCGGCUCGCUCGAGACGUCAUUCCCAGGUUCUUCGGCCACUGCAGCUAUCCGUCUCUCUCACGGUCGCUUCACGCGCACUCAUUCACAAUCAGCCCGGGCUCAAACAACACGUGGCACCACAUGUCGUUCCGCCGCGAUGCGCCCGCGCUGGCCAAGACCAUCAUGCGCAAGCGCCCGAAGCCUAACGAGCGGCGGAGACCGGAGGCGCCCCAAGACCCUCACGAGGCGAUGCUUGUGCGGGUGCGUCUGCUGCUCGAGCUACUUGUAGAGGCGCACGCCCAGAGCGGCGGCGGUGGCGGCGGUGCGCUGUCGGUGGCGGAGGCGGCAGGGACGGCACGGGAGGCGCCCGCUCGUGGGCCGCCGCUGCGGAAUAGCGCGGCGGCGGGGGUGGAAGCCGGCGCUGCGAGCCUUGCAAUGAUGGGCUGCGGCGGUGGCGGCGGCGGAGGCGGAGGCUGCGGCGGCGGCGGCGGCGGCACGCAACGCAGCGCACUUUUGGCGCUCCAGGCGGCGGCUUGCCGAACCGCAGCCUCCGAGGCACUCUCCGUCGCAGAGCCGCCGGUGGUUGCAGCCCUCUCCCUCAUGGCUCUCUCCCGCAGCAGCAGUAUCGGCAGCAGCGGCAGCGGCAGCCGCAGCACUAGCAGCGGUGCCAGCAGGGCGGCAGGCAGCAGCAGCGACGGCGGCGGCGGCAGCAGCAGCGACAGCGGUAGCGUUUCCGGGGACGGAGGGGACGGCAGCGUCAAGGGCGCCCCAUCGCCCCGGCGGCCAUUCCGGCGUUCGACCAGCGGCGCCGGCGCUGCCGCGGCGGCGGGCGGGAGCGGCGGCGGCGGCGGCGGCGUGCCGUCGACGCCAGAGAAGCACGCCCUGAGCUGCAAGAGGACGCUCGGCUGCGGCCGCCCUCUCGGGCACACCGGCCCCUGCGGCUCCGCCGUGCUCAUUGGGAAGCGAGCGCGCGUGCUCACCGCCAAGGCGCGGGAGGCGAUGGCGGGAGACUCGGAGUAGUUCUGUCCACUGUUGUUCUCUGUGUGCAUGUAUGUACAGGCAUGGCCCCGAGGCGGCAUGCGGGAGCGAGAUGUGAGCUCUGAGCUGUGAAGGUCGGCGGCCCGCCAGACUGCGCGCCCAGGCAGAUUUUGACAUUUUUGUGUACUUUGGCGGCUACCAACC